UUAUAAAUAGAACGAAACAAAAAAAAAUGUUCUUUUGUCCUUUACAUCGUUACCUGCAGCCGCUUAUUGGCGUGCCAUCAAAGUAUCUUUCACCUCGCUUGUACGCACGGCCGCUGACUACAAGCAGCGCUACGCUGGCGCAACAG